AUGCCUGCUAGCAACAACGGUGAGGCAGGAGAUCCCAAUCUCCCCGAUCUUGGAGAUGCUAUCGACUCUGCCACCUUUGGCCAGAUCCUGGAGAUGGACGAAGAUGACCCAGAGCGCGAGUUCAGUCAGUCUAUCGUCGAUGGCUUCUUCGAGCAAGCUCAAGAGACCUUUGAGAAGAUGGAUACUGCCUUGGAGGAAGAGAAUUUAGAUGAACUUUCCAAGCUAGGACACUUCCUCAAGGGUUCAUCUGCCACCCUGGGUCUUACCAAAAUCAAGGAUAGUUGUGAGAAGAUUCAACGGUACGGGAAAAUGGAGAAGGAGAAUGGAGACCCGUUGGACGACGAAAAGCUUUGCCUUGAGACAAUCACCAAGACUUUGGAGACUGUCAAGAAAGAGUACGCAGAGGCCGAAAAGAUUUUAAAAGAGUUCUUUGGCACUUCAACUCCAGAAGAGACAUGA